AUGGCAGAUACAUCAUCUUCCUUCCUUUCUGAUUUUGGUCUGCUAUUAUAUCUGGAAUAGCUAAACAAGGAGGAAUAAUUCAAGUUACUUCUGAAGAAUGAGACCAUGGAACCCAGGUCCUGCUAGAUACCCUGGGCUGAAGUGAGGAAGGCCAAGUGGGAGGAUCUGGCUAAUGUGAUGAAUAAGUGUUAUCCAGGAAAGCAGGCCUUGGAUGUGCUCAAAAUCUUUGGCAAGAUGAACCCAAAGGAUCUAUGUUGAGAGCCAAAGCAGGAGCUUAAUUGGACAGCCCAGGCCACAGAACCAGAGGAUGCCAGGGCCCAAGGGGAACAUGGUGAUCAGGAGGCUGACUUGGGUGAUGGAAUGGAAUACAGAAUUCAAAUAGAGAAGAGGGUUUGCAUGCCAUGUAAGAAGGGUUUGCUUGGAGAACCUGAAGAGUUCCUCUAUAGAUUUGCUCAGGAAGAUGGAGAACUGUUGGAGCGUUUGUUUGAUGUCGAUGUCGGAACCGGAGAGCCCGAGGCAGUGGUGCUGCAGGGGGCUGCUAGAGCUGGGAAAACGCCCUUGGUGAGAAAGGCAUUGAUGGAUUGGGCACCGGGCAGUCUCUGUCAGCAGAGGUUUACUGAGGGUUUUUAUCUCUGCAUGAGAUAAAUCUCUGCUGAGAGCAGCUUGGUGCACAUGAUAUCAAAGGACUGGCCCAGCACAGAAGGCAACAUUGAAAGGAUCACGUCCCCACGGAGCAGUCUCCUUUUUAUUAUCGAUAGUUUCGAUGAACUGAACUUUGCAUUUGAGGAACUGGAAUUGAUACUGUGUGAAAACUGGACCCAGGUGUACCCAGUGUCGUUCCUCAUGAGGAGCUGGCUGAGGCACAUGGUGCUCGAGUUGUUCUUAUUGGUGACCACAAGGCUCACAGCUUGUAAGAAACUAAAGCCUUUGUUGAAGAAUCCGCAUCUGUAUAUAGAGCUACUGGGUGUGUCUAAGGAUGCAAGAGAGGAGUAUACUUACCAGUUUUUUGAAGAAAAGAAGUGGGCAGAAGUAUUCAGUACACUGAAAAGUAAUGAGAUUCUUUUUGCCAUGCAUGAAGUCCCCAUAGUGUGCUGGUUUUGUCCUUGUCUGGAGCAACAAAUGGAGAAGGAUGGUGAUCUCACAUUAACCUGCAAAGCCACCAAAGCUCUGUUUACCUGCUGUAUCUCUAGCUUGCUCACACCAGAAGAUGGAAACUCCUAGUUUACCCAGUCAAGUCAACUGAGGAGCCUGUGCCACUUGGCUGCCAAAGGAGUUUAGACUAUGAAGUGUUUUACAGGGAAAAAUCUCAGAAAGCAUGGGUUAACUAAAUCUGAUGUCUCAGUUUCCCUGGACAUGAGUAUUCUUCAGCAGGAUGUGCAGUAUGAGAACUGCAAUGUGUUUACCCACCUCCACAUUCAGGAGUUCUUUGCAGCUGUGUUCUAUAUGUUGAAAGGCAGUUGGGGAACCAAGGACCAUUCCUUUCAGUCUUUACAAGGCUUGAAGCUGUUACUUGAAAGCAACAGUGGUUAUAAAGAUCGCCAUGUGACACAGAUGAAAUGUUCUUUGUUUGGCCUUUUGAAUGAAGAUCAAGUAAAACAACUGGAAACUUUUAAUGAUAAAAUGCCACUGGAUAUAAAAUGGAACAUCAGUGGAUGGAACCAUUAGGAAACUGACUAUUUUUCAUCACAGCUGGGAUUUCUGGAGUUGUUCCACUGUCCACAUGAGACUCAAGAUUACACAUGUAUAAGUCAGGCAAUGAGAUAUUUCCAAACGGUUGCUGUUAAUACGUGGAAACUCCAUUUGCUUGUGUCUUCAUUCUGCCUUAAGCACUGCCAGGAUUUAUGGACCAUAACUGUAACUGUGAUAUCUGAGAAGAUGACCUCACACUCUCCAGCUGAAGCAUGGGAUGGUGGCUGCAUUACUUGUUGCUGGCAAGAUCUCUGUUCUGUACUUCAUACAAAUGAGCACUUGAGAGAGUUGGACCUCUGUCUUAGCAACCUAGAUGAAUUAUCAAUGAAGACUUUCUAUCAAGAACAAAGACACCCAAAUUAUAAACUACAAAAGCUCCUAUUGCAAUUUCUUUCUUUCCCUAAUAGUUGUCAGAACAUCUCAGCUUUGAUUCACAACCAGAAUCUGAUGCAUCUCAGCCUGAAAAGGAGUGACAUAGGGGACAAUGGAGGAAAGGCAUCGUGUGAAACCUUGAACUGUCCAGACUGUGAACUGCAGACUCUUUCCCAAUUGAAGACUCCUCAUUGUACAGUUUUCUGUAACGCUCCAUGUACACUUGUGAACAAUGUGCUGAGGCAUUGCCAUUUCACUGCUCUUAGCAGUGAACACCUGUCAUCCUCUCUCCUACACAAGAGCCUGCCACAUCUGGAUCUCGGGUCUAACCAGCUACACGAUGAUGGAGUGAUGCUUCUGUGUGAUGUCUUUUGGCAUCCAUGCUGUGAUCUUCAGCACCUGGAAUUGAUGGGCUGUAUUCUUACUAAUGCACGUUGUCUGGAUCUGGCUUCUGCUAUUUUGAACAACACAAACCUGUGGAGCCUGGACCUUGGGAACAAUGACUUGCAGGAUGAUGGAAUUAAAAUUCUGUUUGAGGCUUCGAGACAUCCAAACUGUAACAUUCAGAGGCUUGGGCUGAAAUACUGUGAUUUGACUCUCUGUUGUCAAAAUCUGUCCUCUACUCUUAGCAGCAACCAAAAACUGAUAAAAAUAAAUCUGAUGCAGAAAACUUUAGGGUGUGAAGGCAUUAUGAAAUUAUGUGAAGCCCUGAGGUCUCCUGAAUGUGAAUUACAAGUGCUAGGGUUGUGCAAAGAGGCAUUAGAUGAGGAAGCCCAGAAGCUGCUGGAAGCUGUGGGAGUUAGUAGUCCUCACCUAGUCAGUCAGUCUGAUUGUAAUGAUCACAGUGAAGAAAACUGUUCCUGGUGGCAGUGUUUCUGA